AUGGCCUCGAACAAGACAAACUGCUCGCUGAACCUACAGCCGAUGAACAGCGGGAACUACACGGCAGCCAUCGCCGGUGUGACGAGCUCGGACACAGACGAACACACUGUUUUCGGGAGAAACGCGGACGGGGGCGGCGCUGAUGGGGUGGGGGCAGACGGUGGGGACGGCGGGGCGGAAAAGGAGGCAGCGGGGAAGCAGUAUCUGCGAGGUGGGCAGGCGGGGAACCGGGUGCUGGCCGAAGAAGACAUGAUUCCUCCGUACGACAGCUCGAUGUGCACGAACAACUCGCUGAUCAACGACAGCUCGGUGCUGUUGGCGAGCAGCUCGCUGGACCUGAAGCCGCAGAAGAAGAAGGGGGCGCAGGAGACGCCGGCGGAGCACCAUGCGGCGGACGCCGACGUGGUGGUGGCGCCGCCGCUGCUGGGCUCCACGGAUAACGGGGACCACCAGAGCAGCGAUAGGACGGAGUCGCUCAAGUCGACGGUGUCGGCGGAGUCCCGAGGCACGGAGGAGACAGAGCGGACGUCGGGCACCUCGGCGACCAACAACACGCACGCCACAAACGACCUGAACGAGGAAACGAGGCAGCUCUCGGACUCCUCCUCCGGAGCCAGCGAGCGCCGGGGCCAGGCCAGCAGCCAGUACCGUAAGGACACUCUAACAGACAACACGCUUGUGGAGAAGCAGUUCGACACAAUGAACUUGCGGGAUGCCGGCGCCCUCACGCAGAAGAGCGAGCAGGUGGAGGACGGAUCGUCCGAAUCACAGUCACAGCCGGAGAUUCCAGCCCCAUCGCAGGACCAGCCGCAGCGUCCUGGGCCUUUGCAGCCGAUCCAAGAAGGCGUGCAGUCGACUGAACAAGGCUUGCAGGGCAAGCAACAGCAACCCCGGACUCAGCAAGGCGUCUACAGCGAUGACUGUAAACAGCAACGCCAGGCCUAUGAGCAGAGCCUGGAGCAGAAGAAAAUGGAACAGUUUAGGCGGCUGAACAUGCAAGAGAAGUCGGAGUCGAGAGGCUUCGCCAAAAGCGUCUCCCCAAUGAGUCCAAAAACAACAGCCCCUUUUGCACAGAAGCUACCAGCGGCAGCCAAGAGCGGUGCCCCGCUGCCUGUGAUACCAAGCAAAUUCUCCAAACCAGUUGUCGAAAGCAGCAAUGCGUCUUUGUCUUCGACAAAGCUUACGGGCUCUAAGACAAGCUCGACGCCCAUAACAGCUGCAUCCCAUGCGACGAGUAAACCCGGAACAAACACAGGUUGCAAUAGCCAUCUCCCCGACACCAAGCUAAUCAACUCGCAGACGAAUAAUCCGCAUGCCGGAGGAAACUCAAUCUCUUACAGCAAUUUGUCCAUGUCAAGCAAUCUGGGAAACGACAAUAGCAAUGGGACUUUCAAUGUAAGCCCGCAAGCUGCAUUCAGCCCGCCAAAAAGAACUCAGUCUCCAUUUCGUGAUCUAUCCAACCCUUAUUUGAAACAAAUAAACAACCAACAGCGGCCAUUAUAUACCCCUGCGGUUUUACGUGUUAUGAAAAAUUUCGGCACCUCACCAUCCUCCGAGGUCGGGUUUGAUGUCCAUCAGCUACCAUCCGAACGCCCACCCUUGUCCCAAUCCAGUUCAGCCAUCUCUGUGCGAUCAACCGCAUCCUCAAUUGUAGAUUACUGGAACUACAUGACCGGAAGAACUCCAAGCAAAUCCUACGAAGGUCCCACCAGAGAACAUUGGAAGCCGGACAGUUCACGUUUCAACUGUGCCCAAUGCGGCAAGUUGUUCAACUAUAUGACGGAAAGUCGUAGGAAACAUCACUGUCGUUCAUGCGGUGACGUGUUCUGUGGCGACUGUUUGAAAAACUACAUCUAUCUCGAUCGUAGCGCACAUUUUACCCUAUUUGGUAGCAAUUGGGACGAGCAUGAGGCAGAGCAGAAGCCAAACGGUCUGGUCAAUUUGGUAGAUGAAAACGUUGGCAAACCGAACAAUACCCCAAAGGUUGCUGUGGAAGAUGACAAGAAAUAUCUUUGCAAAGUCUGCCUCAACUGUUUUCAGCAGUACGAAGAAUACGUUUUGGAUCAUACCACCAGAGAUCAUAAUCUAGGUGCUGAUGGAAAGGAUAUGCGCAAGAACAAUGAGCACAGGGAAACUACCAUGGAUACAAAAAACAUACCCGUUGAUUGGAAUUGGAGUUCGUUUUGA